AUGACAGAGCUGCAGCACCCCCGUGUGGACAUGUGUGGAGCUGCACACAUAAACAGCGGUGGGAGACAACAUGGGUCUGAAGCUGCAGAAAGAAGCACGAGACCAAAGCUGAGAAGAUCCAGAUCCAUGAUUAUUCCUCCAGAGUUCUGCGCUGAAAAUUUAAAUAAGAAACUACUGCAACUCCCUCCUCCCUCCUCCAUCAACCACAUCACCUCCUCCAUCAACCACAUCACCUCCUCCAUCAACCACAUCACCUCCUCCAUCAACCACAUCACCUCCUCCAUCAACCACAUCACCUCCUCCAUCAACCACAUCACCUCCUCCAUCAACCACAUCACCUCCUCCAUCAACCACAUCACCUCCUUCAUCAACCACAUCACCUCCUCCAUCAACCACAUCACCCCUGUCCUCCUCACACACACCUCCUCCAUCAACCACAUCACCCCUGAUUGA